GAAAUCCGGGCAGGCGCAACACCUUCACACAGCGAGCUGAGAUUUGCGGCGGUGUUUGUGUGGCGGCCGGGACACCGAUCUUUUUAAACCAUGCUGGAUUGAGUGCAAGAGAGGCAACUACAAUCAAUGGCUUGGGUUUGAAAUCGUUCAAAAUUUAUCGGAAAGGAGUGUGAGAUAGAGCGACAGUGGGAGAGGGAGAGAGAGAGGGGGAGCAGCGAGAGAGCGAGCGAGAGAGAGGCGAGAGGGGUGGAAAUAAAGAUUCCUUUCAACGAUGGAGCUUACAAUGGAAAACAUCGGAAAUCUGCACGGUGUGUCUCACUCCCAUCAAACGAGCGACUUAAUGAACUCCCCUCACGCGCGCCAGUCGUCGGCGUCGCAUCGGAACUUGGUGUCGCAUGGACGGUCAGCUAUGGUGUCCAGCAUGGCCUCGAUACUGGAGGGAGCAGGGGACUACCGCACAGACCACGCUUUGUCUGGCCCCCUGCAUCCUGCGAUGACCAUGUCGUGCGACUCCGGGAUGAGCCUGAGCAGCACCUACACCACUCUGACGCCUCUGCAGCACCUGCCCCCCAUAUCCACCGUUUCGGAGAAAUUUCACCAUCCCCACCCUCAUGCUCACCACCAUCCGGCGCACCAGAGACUCACAGCUGGGAACGUCAGUGGCAGCUUCACCCUGAUGAGGGACGACCGAAGCCUCGCCUCUAUGAGUAACCUCUACGGCCACUAUCCUAAAGACAUGUCCGGCAUGGGGCAGCCCCUGUCUCCUCUGUCUAACGGUCUGGGGUCUUUGCACAGCUCACAGCAAACUCUCAGCGCCUACGGCCCAGGUGCUCACCUCUCCAACGACAAGAUGCUCUCCUCCGGGGGAUUUGAGUCCCACGCAGCCAUGUUGUCCCGGGGUGAGGAGCACCUUGCCAGGGGUCUCGGGGGCCACGGGGCCGGGCUCAUGACAUCCUUGAACGGCAUACACCAUCACAGCCAUCCACACUCUCAGGCAAACGGGUCCAUGCUGUCAGACAGGGACAGGCAGACGGUGGUGGGAGGCGGACAAGGAGGUGGGUCAGGCCAGGUUGAGGAGAUAAACACCAAAGAGGUGGCACAGCGAAUAACAGCAGAGCUCAAGCGCUACAGCAUCCCCCAGGCCAUCUUUGCUCAGAGGAUCUUGUGCCGGUCCCAGGGAACUCUGUCUGACCUGCUGAGGAAUCCUAAACCUUGGAGUAAACUCAAGUCUGGCCGGGAGACGUUCAGGAGGAUGUGGAAGUGGCUCCAGGAGCCCGAGUUUCAGCGGAUGUCAGCGCUCAGGCUUGCAGCCUGCAAGCGCAAAGAACAGGAGCAACACAAGGACCGCAACACGGCGCCCAAGAAGCAACGUCUAGUCUUCACUGACCUGCAGCGCCGCACACUCAUCGCCAUCUUUAAGGAAAACAAGCGCCCAUCCAAGGAAAUGCAAAUCACCAUCUCUCAGCAGCUCGGCUUGGAGCUCAGCACCGUCAGCAACUUCUUCAUGAAUGCACGCCGCCGCUGUGUGGACCGCUGGCAUGAUGACCAUGGCACCAGUCCUGGGCAGCCGGGCACGUCUGCCACCACCUUCUCAAAGGCCUGAGAAAACGAGAGGGCCUUCAGAUGGCUGGGGAACAAGGUUGGAACAGCAGGCCUCAUGGGAAGUUGGCUGUGAAACCUUCCUUUAGCAACCCUGUACCUGGCCUGGACCGCCUGAAUGUGUCCUCUGCCCAAAAAAAUUCCUUUGUGCCAUGCAAUCAUUGUUUUUGUCAGUCCAAAUUUCAAGCAUCACCAGUAACAAGCAUAAUCUGAAAGGUGAAUUGUGAAGUCAGGUCCACUUUACAUUACACACAUAAGGACAAUCAUAAAUUCUGUCUUUUUUGAAAGGAAAUCAUUUUUAUGGCAUCUGACAAAGUAAAGAGACACCAAAGAUUUGAUGUUUUUGUCGGACGGUGUUUGCAUUUUGCCGGCCUCCUCCUUCCCCAUCCACGUAGCCACUGAAUCUGCUUUUUUCCCCCCUCAACUUACCUCCUUUGUGUCUGCCUCCUCUCUCUCUCUCUCUCUCUCUCUCUCUCUCUCUCUCUCUCUCUCUGUUUCUAUCUCUCUGUCAUACAUCUUCUCUAUACCGGCACACGGAAGCAACAAGGGCGAAAGAACGGCAAUAAAUCUGACAACAGAACAGCACAUAGCCUUAUUAUCAGAGCCCCAUCCUGGACACAUACAAGGCCGUCAUAAAGAAAACAACGCAGCCUAUGAAAAAAACAACAAGGCUUUCCAAUUCUCCGCCUCUACCUCCCCCUCCUCUUGUACUCUCCUUCAUUCCGCGGCCAAAGGUAUUCCCUGAUGGCCAGCCAUUUCAGAGAGCAGCUCAGCCUGAUCAUACGGCAAACUAAUGAAUUGAAAAAUGAAUCAAUGCAGACAGAGAGAGUGGGGCCUUGACCCCUCCUGAAGGUGAAACUCAAGACGCUCAGCAGCAGAUACUCAGGUCUUCCAGGCCCAGGUCUAUAUUUUUUUGCACAGAUGUUGGAGGCCUGUGGGGAGACAUGUCAUUGUUACUCUCAGCCUGAGCCUUGAGUCUAUGUCUCUCUGACCAACAGGAGAGGUGGGUGAGAUGUCUGGACAUGCUCUUUGUUCUGCUGGGAGCUUUUCAAUUAAUCAAUAACUGAGAACCAAACGAUGACAGCAACACGCUCGGGCAUCCAGCCAACUACAUUACAGCUGCGUAUGAAAAGCAGAAUGUAAGAGGAGCACAUGGAACCCGCUGGAGAUGGGGACACAAAGGCCUCACUCCUACAGCAUCAGCAUCAGCAGCUACAGAAGCAGCACACCUCUACAUCCCGUCACUGCCCUGCAUGGCAGAGUAACAGUGCCCCCUGCUGCUGAGUGCAGAUACCUGUAUCCAGCAGAGCAAAGGGGGCUGAGAGUGGAGGAGAGGGAGGGAAGAGCCACUAGAUGCUGAGGAGAAGUCAUGGCACAACACAUUCAGGCCCUCACAGCUCUUUGAAGGCAGAUCAAUAGCUAACCAUUAUCCUAUUGUUGUUCCUCGUCCAACCAGCACUGGUGAAGCCGGAGGAGGGGGAUGGUUAAACUGAACGCUGAAAAUGCAGGGAUUUAGCAAAGGCAGGGAUUUAUUUGGGCAAUCCUGAACUGAUAAAAAAAAAAAAAAAGGAAUUAAAAAAAAGCAUAGAUGUACACGAAGAGGGGAGAUCAAAGUACAACAGAGUAAAAUGUAACAAAAAGGUGU